AUGGAGAAUUUGCAAGCAUUCUCUGUGUUCAAAGUUUCCAUUUUCGUUCUUGUUUUUUCAAUAUGUUUUGCCUCUCCAUCUUUGGCUGCAGAUGCACCUCCAGUCUCCAAGGAAGCCAUUUGCAAAUUCACCCCAGACCCUUCAUUUUGUAACUAUGUCCUCCCUAACCAGACCUCAAAUGUGUAUGAAUUUUGGCGCUAUGCUGCCCAAAAGUCCUUAUCACAGUCUCGUAAAUUCCUAAACUUGGUGGACAAGUAUCUCAAACUCCACUCCACCCUCUCCAAAACCGCAGUCCUUGCACUCCAGGAUUGCCAGUUCCUUGCAGGUCUUAACAUAGAUUUUCUAGCAAGCUCCCUGGAAACCCUCAACACCACCAAAUAUCAAACACUUUCUAGCUUGAAAGCCGACGACGUCCAAACCUUGCUCAGUGCUAUCUUAACCAACCAGCAAACCUGUUUGGAUGGCAUACAAGCCACUGCUUCAUCUUGGAGUGUAAAACGCGGUCUUUCGGUUCCACUCUCAAACGACACAAGCCUGUACAGUGUGUCUCUUGCUCUGUUCACCAAGGCCUGGGUGACUAAGACUAAGAAGAAGGGGAGAAAACUGCUUGAUCAAACCGAUCAGCAGAUCAUCGAUACUAAUGACGUUUUGGUGAGGGACAAGGUGACUGUGAGUCAGGAUGGAAGUGGAAACUUCACCACCAUAAGCGACGCGGUUGAGGCCGCUCCUAACAACUCAGCACCUUCUAAAGGUUACUUCUUGAUUUACAUCAAGGCAGGAGUUUAUGAAGAGUAUGUGACCAUCGACAAGAAAAAGAAGUACCUCAUGAUGAUUGGCGAUGGCAUCAAUCAGACUGUCGUCACAGGCAACCGAAGUGUUAAAGGUGGCAACUGGACAACUUUCAGAUCAGCAACAUUUGCUGUAGUUGGACAAGGGUUUGUGGCUGUGAACAUGACCUUUCGCAACACUGCGGGGGCAGAGAAUGGCCAAGCCGUCGCAGUUCGAAACGGGGCUGACCUCUCCACAUUCUACAGGUGCAGCUUUGAAGGGUACCAAGACACCUUAUACACACAUAAUCAGAGGCAAUUCUACAGAGAAUGUGACAUCUACGGGACUGUGGACUUCAUAUUUGGAAAUGCUGCAGUUGUUUUCCAAAACUGCAACAUGUAUCCCAGGCUGCCAAUGAGCAAGCAAUUCAAUGCAAUCACAGCUCAAGGCCGAACCGACCCGAAUCAAAACACGGGGAUUUCGAUUCAUAACUGUACCAUAAGAGCUGCCGAUGAUUUGGCUUCGGGCGACGGCAGCACCAAGACCUAUCUGGGAAGGCCAUGGAAGGCGUAUUCUAGGACAGUUUACAUGCAAUCCUUCGUGGAUAGUCUGAUAGAUGAGGAAGGUUGGCAUGAAUGGGAUGGAAAUUUCGCUCUGAAAACAUUGGAUUAUGAGGAGUAUGACAACACUGGGCCUGGAUCAGUGACUACAGGCAGAGUUUCAUGGGAUGGUUACCAUGUGAUCAAGGCUAGCGAUGCCUCAAAUUUUACAGUGUCCAAUUUCUUGCUGGGGGAUGACUGGCUGCCUCAAACUGGAGUGCCAUUUUCUGGUGGCUUAUACUAA